GGUGGUUUCCUGACCCCGACAGCAGAUAACUGAUAUCAUAUUUAUUUGUGGUAUGUCUGAGUAACAACUGAUCUAAACUUAGGCUCAAUCCGUCGUACGGCACGAUGAGCGAAUCAAGAAGAAAGAGGUACACCGCAGGCCCGAAAUCUCGGUCAGAUAACGCAGAAAAUCAGUACCGCAACACAGGUAGUGGAGUUUCAAGCUCAAAUCAUCGACAGAAAAAUAACCACAUCGGUAGAAUGACCAGUUAUGACCGAGUUAGGAAGAUAGUCCAAGAAGAAGGAAGAACAGCAAGGAAUUUAGUUCAGUACAAUGUACCAUUAGCAACAAAUGGAGAAAGAUCAAGUCGAUCUUUACUACGACAUCGUAAAAGUUGUCAGGAUGUGGGUAUUUUAAUGACAGGAAAUUUGCCGCGAUGUCGUGUUCUCUCCGUUGAUUCUCAUUUAGCCAAUCGAAUGGCGAGCGAUAUGACCAAGUCACCGAAGUCAGAAAGUGGAAGAAAACCAGAUCUACGAGCAAGAUAUUGGAAGUUUCUAUUUGAUAAUUUACAAAGAGCUGUUGAUGCUAUUUAUGAAACCUGUGAACAAGAUGAAAGUGUAUUAGAAUGCAAGGAAGUGAUUAUGAUGUUAGAUCAGAGCGCAAGAGAUUUUAGAUUAUUGAUUGAAAGAUUGGAUAUGUUGAGGGCUUUUGAAGAAUCGGCAAAAGAUGGAGACAGACCGACGGCUAUUGCAUGGGAAGUUCGUAAAAUGUCACCAGGCAAGAUGGCAAAUCAUUCCGUUCAGGGUCGAUGUUCACCUAGUCCAGCACAGCGUGUUUUAAAUUUCUCUAACACCACCUCCUCACAGAAUACCUCCAUAUCACAACCACGAACAUCCGACACAACAACACCUAAAGCACAAACUCCACCACCUAAGAUUAUAGGAAAUAGUUGGGCUGAUAAAGUAAAAGGAAUAAUUUGUCAACCUAAACCAAUUCGACCGACUAGUCUAACAGAAAUAGAUUUUUCUGACACUUCUUCAGAUAUUGGUACCGGUGAUACUGAAGGAUGGGAAACUGUUCAAAGAGGAAAAGCAAAGGCAAAGAAUUCACCAUCACAGAAAUCCUUAGAAAAUCUAUCAAUUCAGAAAUCCAAUGAAAGUCUAAAAUCAAAUCUUUUCCGCUCAAAAUCUGUUCCUGACUCCGCUAAAACCACAUCCAAGGAUAAAAAAUCGAUUAAAAGUAAAAAUGAGGACAUAAAAAAUUCUGAGAAAAACAAACGUAAGGAUAGUGAAAAGGAAAAUCUACCUGUAGAAAAAACUGAAAAUAAAUUAACGGAACCCACAACAUCGAGUACGUCAAAUUUAACGCCUGCAACACGGAACACUAAGACUUCUAGUCCAAAACCCAAAGAUACAAAUUCUAAAAAUUCAAAAAGUUCCGUUGCAGCAGUUAAUUCGACUGCUACAAAGACAAAUGUGAAAGAAAAAGACAAAAAACUUUCUGCUAAGGAGGCAAAAAAUUCAAAAACUGUGAAAAGAACUGUGACAUCUUCACCAGUUAAUACAAAGACGGAAUCUAAGAUACAGAAAGGAAAUUCACGCGGGAAGAAGAUAUGUAAAGAUCCGAAUGAAAUCGUUAAUACUAUGAAUACGUUGAAGGCUGCGUUAUCUCAGACAUCAUUACAUAGCGGUCUGGAUGAUAAUGAUAAUGAUGAUGUGUUAGCAGAACAGCUUGAUACGGCAUUGGCCUGUGCACAAGAUGCAGAAGAAAGUCUGUCGUCCCAGCUAGAAGAGGAACAACAGCAGGCCUUGGAAUCAGCCAUAGAGGAGGAAGAAACAUGGUUAAAGGAACUAGCUAGAACGGCUAGUACAGAAAUAGAAGUUGAUACUGAAAGUGAAUUAACAGAAACUAUGACAUCUUUAGAAUCAUCUCAACCAACUUUAGACUGGGAAACAAUGGAGGCAGAAUAUGAAGAAAAAGGAAAUAGUCGAUCAUGGAGUGAAAUGGUUGAAGAAGCUGAAGAAAGAACCCCAGGUCACGGUGUACAUAUGCAUGAAAAACUCUCAUCACCUUCUAGAAAAAGGUCCCCAGCAGAAUCUCGAAGACGUCAUGAAGAGAAGCAAGCCAAGGCUCAAGAACUACGCGAAAAGUUGAUGCAAGAGAAAGCUGAAAGACUGAGAGAAUUGUCUAAAAAGGUAGAAGAAGUUCGAGCAUGGAAGGAAGAAUUAAUGAAGCAGAGGAAAGACACGAUGGAACGAAAACUACAACGAGCGGAGGAGAAACGACAGUGUCAGUUACGUUUAAAAUCAAAGAAAGCACAUGACGAAGAAGCGAAGGCGAAUGAAAUAGCUUUCAUCAACUCCCUAGAAGCUCAGAAUAAACGACAUGAUAUUCUCUCGAAACAUCAGGAAUCCGAGGCACGACUUAAAGAACAGGCUGAAGAAAGAGUGAGGAAAAUGGAGGAGAAACAAGCCAAGGAGGCGGCUGUGGAAGAAAGACGUCGCGCCUUGGAAGCUGAUCGAAAAGCUAAACUGGUGGAGAUGCAGGAACGUAGAAAGAAGCGUGAUGCAAGAAUUGAACAUGAACGAGAGGAAAGAGAGAAGGAGAGACACGAAGCCUUAAAGGCUAAAGAAAGAGACCAGAAAGAAAGACUGGCUGCAUUAAACGCUCAGCAAGAGGCUCAUAUACAAGAAUUACAGAAAAAGAUACAACAAAAGCAAGAUGAGAGUAGUCAACGUCAUGAAGAAGUUUUACAACAGAUUCGAGAGAAAGCGUUUGAAAUGAGUAUUUAUAAACAUUCUACCGAGGAUCAUAACGACGCCCCACAACUUACACUUUAUGACAAGAAGAAACUCUGUACUAUAUGUAAUACCCUGAUCCCGUCUGAAGUAUAUUUAUUGAGUCAUCUACGUGGAAAGAAACAUCAACAAGCCUUAAAAGAUAAUAACGCAGGUCAAGACAUGUCCAAUCAGGAGAUUGAGAAUUUUAAUUUGAAGAAUAUAGUCGAUGUACCUGAAAACAGUACUCAUCCUCAACUAGUCACGGAGAAAGAACGACUAAAGUCUAUGAAGAAACGCUACAAGAAAUUACGUGUUAGGAUGAUCUCCAGAGGUGUGGAAUAUGAAAAUGCGUUGUCUAAUAAAAUACAGGCUCAAGAUUCAACUCAUAAAGCCAAGAUACAGAAGUUAGUGAAAGAUAUUAGUAAGUUUAUCCAGACAUCGGAUACAGGUCCAUGGCAACAGAAUAAAGUAUCAGCUAUAGAUCGAGCUGUUGGUGAACUCGGGAGAUUACUUGAGAAAAAGGUUCCGGCUGAUUUGAAUAAUUUCCGUUUUCUGGGUUGUAUGAAUCAUCUGUCCAAGAUUUUAUCAACAAUCGAUGAUGCAACAGCCACGCUACCCUGUGUUGUACCCCCUAGAUUAUUAAGUCAUGCGUGUGAGGUAUAUCAUAUUUAUAUAUUACAGGUUGUUAAGUCAUGCUUGUGA